AUGGUAAUGACGAAGAUGAUCGACUUACGUAGCGGGUAUCUGAGAGCGCAGUUACCUUGCAACGGGAAGAAGGUGUCUAAGAAGCGCGCUGCGGAGAAGAUGAUGGAGGAGCUUAAGAGGCUUCCCCCCCUCUCCGUCGCCAUGCUGCGGCCGGCGCGCAUCAAGAACGCACAGAGCAAGAAGAAGUCCAAGAACCUGAUCAAGCUGAUCGACGAGCAGGGACCGGCGCACAAGAAGACCUUCCAGGUGCAACUGAAGCUGGGAGAUGCCGAAGAGUACACUGCAGAGGGCGCCAGCAUCAAGAAGGCGCAGCACUCCGCCGCCGCGAUGGCGUUGGAGCAGACGAAGAUGCGGCACCCGCCCGUGCGAUACGAGAGCCGCCGCUUCCCGCGACAAUACAUGAAUGUCACUCCGACUGAGGAGUUGAACGCUCUCGCGAUGCGGCGAGGAGAACUCGCCCUCUACAGGCAGAUCGACCCUCCGCGGCACCCGCCCUACAACGUACCGAACCUAGACUUCCGCGGCAUAUACAACCAGAGGUAG